AUGACAAAGUUAAAUUUCCCGGCCAUUCUCCUGGCUAUAUUUGUUACUGCGUCCUAUGCUCAAGAAGUUCCAAGCCAACAACCUCUGCCAGAUCCAGUAGAGAAUCUUCCCCAGUCUCACACAAUUAAACGCUCUUGCAACGCUGCUUGUGUUCAAGUCUCUCUGGACGACAUCACUCCCUCUCUUGACUCCAAGGGCCAUGUCAAAUGCUGUCCUGUGGGUACAACUUUCGACGGCACCACCUGCGUCUCCAAGCCGACAACAGUUUGUCCCCCAAACACAACACUACAGGCAGGAGCAUGUGUUUCUGAUCAGAAGCCUUCAUGCCCAGCCGGCACUGUUCUUCAGGACGAGAAAUGUGUUUCGAUUAUCGAACCCGGCUGCUUGUCUGGAGCGCGCUUCGACAGCGGUAACUGUAUCUCUAUUCAACCUCCCUCAUGUGGCCCAGGAUUUGACUUCAACGGCGUCUCAUGUAUUUCAACUCAGCCAUUGGUUUGCCCAGCAGGGUAUACUGUUGUGGGAAGUCUCUCAAUGACACUCGAGGAUGGCCUUUGUGUCAAGAAGCAGACCCCAGUGUGUGCAGCUGGCUUUGUGUUCAAUGAGGACAGCAAGAGCUGCUCUCACCUUGAGAAACCCACUUGUCCUUCUGGCUCAACAUUCAGUGGACGAGUCUGUAUCUCGGAUAAACUACCUAAGUGCAAAGAAGGCGAGUAUAAAGGCGGAGUCUGUCAGAGUUCCGAGGGACCUGAGUGCGUUCCUGGCGCCACUGCGAUAGAUAGUACUUGUGCGAUGCCGUUUUUCUGCCAGGAUGGACUUGUGAAAUCCCGAGACCCCAAGACGGGUGGUGAAAAUUGUUGCCCAGAAGGGAUGGGCUGGAAUGAAGCCAAGAGACUCUGUCUACGGCCUGCUACCGACUCUACGGCUUGUCCGAAUGGGAGUAGCUUCAAUGCCGGAGAGUGUGCGUCUACACCCCAGGAUAUCGACUGUCCACCGGGCUUCACCUUCAAUGGCCGUGUUUGUGCCCAUUUCCAGGCUCCAUCAUGUUCGGAAAAUACCAGCUUAUCCAACAAUACUUGCAUCUUCACAGAUAAGCCUACAUGUGACGAGGGAACGUUUAAUGGAUCAGCUUGUGUGACGUCUCAAACACCCAGCUGUUCAGGAGAGUCUAUCUUGUCAGGCGAGAGCUGUGUCUCGACCAUACCCACCAGUUGCCCGGACCAAAUGAUACUACGUGGGGCUUGGUGCAUUUCUGCAAGCAAUCCUGUUUGUCCCCCAGGAUCAACCUCAGCUGGUGGAAUCUGUAUUACAACCAGCACGCCCACUUGCGUCACAGGGACUCUGAAAGAUGGUACCUGCAUCGCCAGCACGGGUCCAACCUGUCCCGAUCAGACUGUCUUUGAUGGCAAAUACUGUGUUUCUCGGGAUCCUCCGGCCUGCGAGGCAGUCUUCACUUGGAAUGGAACAGCAUGCGUCUCGCAUGUCAUCCCAGCCUGCCCUGAUAAUGCUACUUUUGACGGAACAGCCUGCCUCCAUAAGCAGGCUCCUACGUGUCCCUCAAAUACUCACCUCCAGGGAGACAAGUGUAUCAGCCAAUCGCGCCCUAACUGCCCUGAAAACUAUGUCUUCUCCUCCCAAGGAUGUAUUUCGGGGAAGCUACCAGAAUGUCCGCCCGACAUGCACUUGCAAGGCGAGAAUUGCGUUUCUAGCGAGCCACCAACCUGUCUUCCUGGUACACAGCUCAUCAACGGCUCUUGUGUUGCAAUCAAUGGGCCAAACUGCCCUCCUGGCAGCCAACUGCGCCCUGAAGGAUGCGUCACUAUCACGGUCCCAUCAUGUCCUCAUGGUUCAUCCCUUCGGGAUAACAAGUGCGUCUCCAGCGGUGGCGCGAAGUGUACACUUCCUCUUGUCGUCUCGGGCGAUAAGUGUGUAUCUCCAGAACCGCCUGUCUGCCCUGCAGGCACCACUUUGUCUCUUGGGAAGUGUACUCUGGUCGCAACUCAUGGUUGUUACAGUAUGCAGUAUUGUCCUCCAUUGUAA